UGGGGAAUCGAAGUUAAAGAAAAGAAAAAAGAAAGAAGAAGGAAGAAGAUGAGGCUGUUGAACAAAGAGGAUUUCGAGGGCUUCGACUUCAAAAUCGAUCAAUCCGGCAUUGAUAUGCUGGCCGACAUCUGCGGCGUUGCUUUGGAGGUUCUUGAGCAAGAGACACGACGACGUCUUAAGGGCAAAGAGAUAGUACAACAACACCGAUUAUCACCACCACCGUCGUUGUUGAAGUCUUAUCAGAAAGAGAAUGAGACUAAGGCCGGUGAUCAAAUCGUUCACGGCCUCAAGCUCAAGAUUCCUAAAGUACCCUCAUCGAAUAAAAUAUCAAGAACCCAAGAAGAAAACUAUGAUGAUGAUGAUGAUUGGGAUAUGAUUCAAGCCAAGAAUUCCAAGAAAAGAUCAAGAAACCAAGAAGCAAAAGAUGAUGCUGAUGAUUGGGAUAUUACCAAAGUAAAAAAUUCCGAGAAAAGUACGAAACGGAGAAAAAGACCUUCCAACUUCGUACGGCGGCCGGUGCAGGCGGCCGAUCGGGCAUCGUACCAGGAGCUUCCGGGGGAAUUCAUGAGAGAAAUCGAAGCGAUGCGAGGAAAGAAUAUAAAAUUGGGAAUUCAGAAGCAACUCACAGAGACGGAUUUGAAAGCCCAUCAUAACAGGCUGUUAAUCCCUGUGAGACAGAUAAUUGAUGGGGAUUUCUUGACGGACGCAGAGAAAUCCAUACUCAGCAGACACCAGGUUAUCGAGGACAUCCCGUUGUUGAUGAAACAACCGAAUGAAGAGAGAAUGGAGGUGAUGAACAUCAACAUGACGCAAUGGGAUAUGGCCAAGCAAUUUGGCAAGGCCAGCUCUUGUAAUUAUGUUCUCAGAACUUCUUGGCAGGAUGUGGCACGAACGAAUAGACUUCAAAAAGAUGAUGUGGUUCAGAUUUGGUCGUUUAGGGUUCAAGAAGAUACACUUCACUUGGCUCUUGUUGUGGUUCACAGGGCUAAUCAUCAACUGCGAUUAUCGGCUAAUACUGGUAGCACUAGUACUGCUGGUAGUGCUGGAACUAAUGAAAGCAGUACUGGAAACAAUGGAAGUAGUAGUAGUAGUGGAAGCAGCGGAAAUACCUACAUUUGUUGA